GAGGAGCAGCAGCUUUCAUGUGGUUUGUUUUGGUUUUUUUUUUUUCCUUGCAGGCACGUCUGGGCAUCAUCACUCUGGGCUGAAUCAGACCUGUCUGAACAUUCACCCUCCUGUCACAGAAAGAGCAAAGGAUGCAGCAAGGCUCAGAGUGAGCGGCUUCAGGUGUCAAGCGAGCAAAGUCAGGACCACAUGCAGUUAUUCCGGAGUACGGGUCCACGUGCAGAAUAUUCCAGAACAGUGAAGCCAACAGGCUGGAAUUAGGAAGGCAGCAGAUGGAAUACACAAUGGCUGAUCCACACCUAGCGAGGCAGAGGCAGCUGAAGCUGCAGAGGCAGCUGGAGGCGGUGUGGGAGCGGCAGCAGCGGGCCCUGCGCAGGAACCGGGCCCUGCGCCAGGAAUUCCUGCAGCUGCAGGCUCACAUGGACACCAGGGGCUGGGACAGCAUCCGGGAGAUGGAAGUAACUUUCUCUAAGGCUUGCUCACAGGAAUGGUACGGGAGGGAAAUUACAAACCUGUUAUCCCUUCGAGAGGGCAGCUUGUCAGCAGGAGGUGACAAGGAGGAGGGAUCCAGCGAGCAGGUGCUGCAGGCUGGAACUGGCAGCAGUAGAGCCGUGCCAGGAGAGCUGGGCUGCCCCACCCUAGCUGCCUCGGCCACUGGAGCUUUGGGCUCGCAGCAGGAGCGCCCAUCCCCUAAAGGAUUCUGUCCUGACACUGGCAGUGCUGCUGGAGAGAGUGAGGAGGGAGCAGCGGGACACAGGGACCUGGCAGCCAGUGAGGAAGGCUCUGAGCAGCUCAGCUCAGCCUCUGGUGCCAGAGCAGCCCCCCCGAGGCCGGGACAUGUUCCAGGAGCAAAGCCUGGCCUGAGCAGGCAGGGCAGCAGUGCCGAGCUCCCGGUCCCUGCUGAGGAGGAGGAGGAGGAGGAGGUGAGGCUGAGCAUUCCUGACACACAGCAGGAGCAGGGCAGGGAUGCCCGGGCUCUGGACCCCUUGGACAUCUCAGCACCACACAGGAAUGAGCUCUCAGAGCUCUGCCACACGCUGCAGCUCCUGCAGGACCUGGUGGAGAGGACGAGCCCCCAGCACCGGGCACUGUACCAGGGCCAGCCCUCGGAGCUGCCCAGUGCUGGUGCUGGAGCUGGCAGGCUGGCUCAGGGUGACCUGGAGGCGAUGGAAGCCGUGGUGCUCCAGCAGCUCCAGCAGGCCGUGUCCCCGAGGAGCAGGAGCCUCCCGGAGGAGCACAGCAGGGACACGGAGGCGCUGAGGACUCUGCUGAGCCACCACGGCUUGUUCCUGAAGCAGCACCGCGUUCGGCGCCCAGAGGGGGUGGCAGAGAUGUUUGAGCAGCUGCUGGCUUCGGGAGAGGAGGGGCAGGACGGCCAGGUGCUGAGAGAGCCCCUUCCAGGAGAGCCUGGGCAUGGACCACCUGCCCAGAGUGAUGAAUCCUCUCUCAGCCUGCCAUCGAUCCCAACCAACGGCGGGGAAGGAAAGCAGGGGGAACUGGCACAGAAAGAACCAGACGGGGAUCGUGCCCACGGCAGUCCUGAAGGAAGUGCCAGCCUGGGCACGCAUUUGGAAAGCAGCUCCGUGUCAGAGGGAAGCACUCCUCCCUGCUCCAGGACUGAACUGCGGAAGGAAACGGUAGCUGCCAUAAAGUCCAAAGCCUUCUGGGGCGAAUCUGACGACAGCAGCUCCGAGCUCGAGGCUGCCCUGCGCCCACAGGCCCACGGCGCGGAUUCGGACGACUUCGAUGACUUCUAUGACUGAGAUUCUCCCGCUGGCUUUUGGGAGGGAAGAGACAAGCUGCAUUUCCUUUAACACAGUGAGUGUGCCACGGGCUGAAGCGCUGCUCGUCACUUUAUUGGCAAAGAAAAUGUAAAUACCAAAUAAACGUGAUGGGUCCCGUGCAUUGUCUGUGUGCUCUCUCUGCCCUGCAGUGUUUUCCUGCUCUGAUGGGAACCCGUGACAGUCCCCUCCCGAGGCCUGUGGCAUCCCAAUAUUGGGACUGCGGCACUAGAUGGGGAUUGGGAAGAAGCAGACAAGCAUUGUGGGUAUGCAGACAGGCACUGCUGGGGCGGGCUGGCAUGUUUGAUCUUUAUCUUCUUCUGCAACAGAUCAAGAAGAAGAAAUGCAUAAAAUGUCCAUUUGUAAUUCAGCACAUUUUGGAACAGAGCUGCAUUUACAUGUGGCGAGCCUCAGUGCUUUCCUGCUUUUCCCUGCUUUGUGAAAUCCGUGCUGG